GCAAAAAAAAAAAAAAAUCCAAUCGACCACCAAGCAAUGUUGAAACUUAUAAAACUUUUGUUUUUACUGGUGAACAUUUUCAUACAAUUUGAAAAUGUUCUAUCACAUUUCGAUGAUCGUCGGCCAAAUAUUCUAAUCAUUUUAGCUGAUGAUUUAGGUUGGGGUGAUGUAAGCUUUCAUGGAUCUAAGCAAAUUCCAACACCAAAUAUUGAUCUUCUGGCUUCAAGUGGAGUAAUUAUGAAUAAUUAUUAUGUAUCACCACUCUGUUCACCAUCACGAUCAGCUUUAUUGACCGGAUUGAAUCCUAUCAGAACCGGAAUGCAAGUUGGUGUCAUUGCUGCAUCACAACCGUAUGGUCUUCCAUUGAAUUAUACAACCAUGGGUCAGCAUUUUCAAAGAUUAGGAUAUCGAACACAUGUAGUUGGAAAAUGGCAUCAAGGCUUUUUUCGUUCAGAAUAUCUUCCAACUAAGCGUGGUUUUGAUUCUUAUUUUGGAUAUCUCACCGGUCAUUCCGAUUAUUUCAACCGUAAAGCUGGUGAUUUUUUUCGAGGCUAUGAUCUUCAUGAAAUGGACCAUAUUGCUAAUCUAACCAAAUAUCAAGGACAAUAUUCAACCGAUAUGUAUACGGAUCGUGUUUUGGAACUAAUCGAAGAAAAUCGAUAUGAAAACACGAAAAAACCCUGGUUAAUCUAUAUGGCUCAACAAUCAGUACAUGGUGCCGAAUGUGGUGAUGAGAUUCAACCACCUCGUCGACAUGAAAAUGAUUAUAAGUAUAUACAAAAAAAUGAACGUCGUCGACGAUUUGCCGGUAUGGUGGCUGCCUUAGACGAAUCGGUUGGCCGUGUAUUCAAAGCAUUGAACGAUACAAAUCAAUUGUCGCGAACUAUUAUUGUGUUCAGCACAGAUAAUGGAGGUGCAACCGCCGGAACUACUGGUUAUCAUAUUGAUAAUAGUCAAGGAUCAAAUUGGCCACUAAAAGGUGGUAAAUAUACACUCUGGGAAGGUGGUGUACGAGGUACAGCGUUUAUCUGGUCCAAAUUGUUGCCUAAACCAUAUCUAAGCAAUCAAUUGAUGCACAUAACAGAUAUUCUACCUACAUUGUAUUCAGCUGCCGGUGGUAAUACAUCGGAUUUAGGUGAUAUCGAUGGCCUUAAUCAAUGGAAUCAGUUGAAGAAUCCAAACAAUAAGAAUAAUUAUCAAAUACGAGAACACUUGUUGCAUAACAUUGAUCAUACUAAACAUUUUUGGGCUCUUAGAUAUCGAAACUAUAAAUUAACAAAUGGAACAUCAUUAUUAGGUCAAUUUGAUAAUUGGUAUGAAGCACCCGGUCAGCAGACUGAAUUUCCACCCAAUGGAAUAUGUUAUAACUGUACUACGACAUAUCAAAUUCUAGAAGAAUAUGGCAUCAAAUUCGAACCAAUCACCGUUCAAAUAGAUUGUCAACGAGAUAAGAAUCCAAUAAUAAAAUGUCAAUCAAAAAAAGGAAUGUGUCUGUUUGACAUUGAACAAGAUCCAUGUGAAUUAACGAAUUUGGCAGAAAAAAAAUCUGAUUUAUUGAAAACAAUUCAUAAAAAAAUCUAUGAGCAUUACAAUGUACAAUAUACAAAACCUGUUAAUAAACCAUUCGAUCCUCAUGCCAAUCCUGCAUUACAUGGAGGAUUUUGGAAACCAUGGUUAGAUCAGAAUCCUAUUACUGAAAACUUUCUAUAAUUGAUUUUUUUUUUUUUUUGGUAAUAAAAUAUUUAUAAUAAAGUUAUUUUCAUUGAA